AUGACUCUUCUCCUCUUUACCGCGUCAGCUAUGAUAUGUUUAUUGGCCUCUAUCGUGUUCCUGCUUAACCCGCAGGCUUCAUAUUCGUUACCAAACUCUUUACAGGGUUUACAGGCAGCGCUUCCUUCAUAUCUACAAAUUCACCACGGGGGUUGGUGGUCGGGUGAGCCGGAUUACCAGGCUGCUUCAGGACACACCGUUGACAAAGAUGAAUGGAAUUUACUUUAUCACUUGGGCGGGAAUGGUCCUUGGGUAGAGAAGGUUGAUGGUGUCGUGGAAGGGGGAAUACAGGUACCGGAUGGAUGUGAGGUUGAUAUGGUGCACAUGAUGUCACGGCAUGGAGAGCGUUUCCCUACACAGAAGGCUGGCAACAGAAUGAUAAGUCUACUUGAGAGGAUCUCAGAAGUCAAAUCCACUGGAAAGGAACUCAAAGGCGCGCUUGAAUUCUUAAACGACUGGGAAUAUUUUACGAACUCUCCUGGCGAGCAUUUUGAACAACUCACUACUACCGGCCCUUAUGCUGGUGUCCUAGAGGCCUUUACAACUGGAGUCAAGCUUCACACCCGUUAUGGGCAUCUAUGGAACGAAACUCUCCACGGCCGGACAACAGUUUGGGCUAGUGAAUGUGAUCGAGUAAUCGAUACUGCUAGAUACUUUUCCGCUGGGUUUUUUGGACUGGAUCCUAAAGCUUCAAAGCUUGAAAUCGUUAGUGAGGCCGCCAAUAAAGGAGGUGACACGUUGACACCUGGCGACACUUGCAUAAAAUACGCCCAGGAUGAGGAAGAAGGCCAUGAUUAUGGUUAUGAAAUGCUUUACAAGUAUCGAGCGACAUACCUCAGCGAUAUCUCGAAAAGACUAGCAAAUGACAAUGAAGGAUUUGAUUUUACCGACUCUGAAAUUUACAGCAUGCAGGAAAUGUGUGGAUUCGAAACUACAGUGAGAGGAUCUAGUAAAUGGUGCGAUGUCUUCACGAAAGAAGAGUGGCUCUCAUUCGAGUAUGCGAGAGAUGUGAUACACUACUACAGGGCUGGUCCAGGUAAUAAAUAUGCCAAGUCGAUGGGUUGGCUUUGGUUAAAUGCUACUGCAAAUCUCAUUGCCGAAGGACCAGAUACCGCAGGAUCGCUUUAUUUCAGCUUUGUUCAUGACGGGGAUAUAGUUCCUAUGCUCGCAGCUCUCGGUCUCUUUGAGGAUGCUGAGCAGCUACCUGUUGACAGAAUUGCCAAAGAUAGAAAGUGGAAAACCUCUCAGAUAACACCCAUGGGCGGCCGUAUUAUCUUUGAACGCAUGAACUGUGCUGUUAAAGGCUCUGGAGAGGGGGAUAUUUAUAUUCGCCUCAAUGUCAACGAUGGUAUUGUAGCACUCGAGGGCUGUAACGACGGUCCCGGUAAAAGCUGCCCAUUGAACAGCUUCUUGAAGCAUGUCAAGACCAGAGGGGAGAUCGGUGGUGAUUUUAGGAAAACUUGCGGGCUGGCUGAAGAUGCAGCUGACCGUCUAACAUUCUUACGACAGCCGAUGGGAAAGAUGGAAGAGGUUGAGGUAGUUGCUGUUGAGGCGGUAAAGGAGAAGGAGAAGGAGAAGAAAAAGAGAUUUUGGGGAAUGUAA